UGCCCGCCCAGAAGGGCAGAGUUUUCCAGUCUCUCUCUCUAUAUCUAUAUCUCUCUCCUUCUGCCAUUUUACUGGUUUUCCUCUUCUGCUAUCUAUGUGCAGAUUUAUGCCUUUUCCAUUUUGAAAGUUCAAAUCUUGAGCUUAUUCGGAAGCCUGAACAGGCCGCCAUUAAUGCUAUCGUCCUUUCUUUCUUACCUGUCAUCUAUAUCACUGUUCAUCCUUCUUUGCUUCACCGAGAAAUCAACCCACUAUUUCUUUUCGAGAACCAUGUCUUUGACAACAGAUCAUCAUAAGGUUUUAGGUCCGAGAAGGUUCGGUAUCUGAUUCUGAUAUAGGGUUUUGUACCAGUGAAACAUGGAGAGAGUUUUGCUUCAGAAUAAAGAAUUCAUUUGCAGGGGCAAGGCAGAAUCAAAAGCAACGAAGUUUUCCAAAAUAUUCAUCUGAAUCGAGUUCUUACACUAGUGCAAGUGCUUUAGAGGAUUCGAUUACUUGUAAGCUAGAGAGGAGCUCUUUGAAAAUGGUGGCCGGAACUCCAAUGAAGAAACUAUUAGCAGAGGAAAUGUUGAAAGAAAAUGAGUCAGAACAGAGACAACCAGGUCUCAUUGCGAAACUGAUGGGUCUAGACGGUAUGCCACCUCAGCAUCAUCCUCGUCAAAGGAAAGACAGACACUGCUUUGGAACCUAUGAACAAGGAUCCGCCUCUGACUUCAAAAUGCAAAACAAACACCGUCAAAGGCGACUCAAUAAGACUGCGACCUCUUUGGGAGAACGUGAAUUUAGAGAUGUUUAUGAGAUUCAGGAAUCAAUCGAAUUCGAGAAGCCUCGAUGUAGCAAACGCUAUUCAAGUUCGAAAGAUUUCUUCGACACAAUGGAUGAACUAAAUUCCAACAAAGAUGUUUUGUUCACAAACGGUCAUCAGCAGCCUGGCUCUUUAUUUCAUAGGAAUCUUCUUGAUAUAAAAGAUGCUACCUCAAUUACUCAACCUAGUUGUAUACAAGUUCUAAAGCCUUCAAAAUUGACAAUAUGUGAAAGCAACAAUAUUGGCUGGAAAUCAGAUAAGGAAGGUAUUUCGCACGUGACAAAGACAUUACCUACAAAAAUUGUUGUGCUCAAGCCAAACCUCGACCAGAUGAAAUCAACCGUCAAUUCCGCUUUCUCCACAGAUUCCUUUUCAAAGUCGAGGUCUGAGGAUUCUAGAGAAAUUGCGAGGGAGAUUACUAGGAGAAUGAGGAGAUGUUUUCAUAAAGAUCCGGUUGAAUGGACCUCCGUUUUGAUUGGUUAUGCUGGCGAUGAGAGCUCUUAUAGUGUCUAUGAUAGCGACUCUGGAAGUGAAUCAGAGGUGAUGAUACUGACUUCUAGACAGUCGUUUCAUUUGAGUAACAGGAAGAAGAAGAGUCUAGUUGAAUCGUUUGUAAAUAGAGAAGCUAAGAAGAGGCUUACUGACAGAUGGACAAUGUCGCAAAGGCAGAAAGCAAUGGAAGUUUUUGGAAAAGGAAAUACACUUGGUGAAAUGCUUUCUAUUCCCGAUAGUGCAAAUUCUUCACACACAAUUAGUAGUAUGGAUGGUUCGAUGGGAUUACAUAUACAAAAUCCAACUCAUGAAGGUGGUACUACUUCUAGGAAUAGAAGUAAACUGAUGAAAGAAAGAAACUUGCGUUCAGACACAAAGAAACUUCAUCGUUCUCAGCACAUGCGCAAUAGUAGCUCGGAUUCUUCGGAGAUGGAUUGUUUUUACCAACCUCAAAUGGUGGCCAAUAAGGAAAAAGGAAAACUGUUUGAAGAUUCGAUUGUGUCUUCCAAUGAACUCGCUCCCAAGACUUCAGCUGGUCCCUCUAUGCAGGCCUCCAAGUCCAAGGCGAUACAGGAUCCUCAAAAGGAGAAACUUCCCAUGCCUUGUCCUGUAACCGAACCACAGUCUCCAGGAAGCUCGAAGGAAGCUGAUCACACAAGUCCAGUUUCAGUUCUCGAAAGUAGUCCUUUUACAGAAGAACCGGUAUCUGGUUCUAACUGUUUCGAAAGUGUCAGUGCAGGACUUUUAGAGCUGAAGAUGCAACUUAAGCUUCUCAAGAUGGAAUCUGGAUCAUGUGCUGACGAUACAAUGACUCGUUCACAAAACGAUAACGACGUUCAAUACUUUGAAGACGAUAGCUUGAUGUCUUCAUACCUUACCGAUAUCCUAAUCGACUCAUGCAUUCAGGAUUGGGACCUGGACAACUUAAUCUCGACAUGGUACUCUCCAGAAUGCCCUAUCAGUUACGAUUUAUUUGAAAACCUUGAAAAGAAGUAUGGCGAUGAUACGACAUGGCUGAGGGAAGAAAGGAGGAUUCUAUUUGAUCGAAUCAAUGUCUGCCUAUUUGAGAUGUUGGAACCUUUCACAGAUUCAUACCCGUGGCUGAAGCUGGGGGUUAAGAAGGUGGCUGGCUCAAACAUGUUGAUAUCGGAGAUGAAGUGGAAGCUUGAAGAAGUGUUGGAAAAUGAAGAGAAGAGUACAGAGAAGGAGAUUUCGGUUGAUCGGGAGAUGGAAUGGAGGGAUUAUAGGGAGUAUAUGGAUGUUAUCGGUAGGGAACUCGAGAUAUUGUUGCUUAACGAACUAAUAGAAGAGGCUGCCUUUAUGACAAUAAUAUGUAAAGGGUAAUACAUAAUGGUGUUUAGGAUAAUGUUAGAUUAAUAAUGCUUAAGCAUGAAUAAUAGAUGGAAGAUUGUGUAAAACAAAGGACACAUUUCAUGUAAUAGAUCUCUUUAAAACGGGAGUUGAUGUACUUCAUGGAGCUUGAAGU